UUAACACCAAAGAUGUUAGUAACCCCACAGCCAACUUCCGGCACGUGUCUUAAGAAUAGUUAACAUUCAAAUUCCCGGAAUUAAUUGCAAUAUUGGUUGUGCCAAUUUUUAUGCAACGGAAAUCAAUAAUAUUGCAUUAUUGCAGAAAUAUUAACUUUCCAAAGAAUAGCUUGCGCAAAGCGCAAACUGAAACAAUAUUGCUAUUGCAGCAGUUUGCUCAGUACAAUAAACUGGUGAUGCAAAUAAUUAAGUGCAUAGCCCUAGCUUUAAUAUAAAUAUAAGUACUUGUAAACUAGAGGAGUUGGGCAGUUGUUAAUUUAAACUCAAUAAACGCGGAAUCGCUGUCCGCCUAAAACUAAAAUUGUAUUUUUUUUCGCUCUCACGAAAGUGAUUGCGUAACUGGCGCCCGAGCUAAAUACAAAACGUAAAGUUUUGUAUAAUAUACCGCGUAAAGCGUGAAAUCAAAAAAAAAAAAAAAUUUUUUGUACCGCGUAAAGCGUGAAAUCAAAAAAAAAAAAAAAAAAAUUUUUUUAUAACGCGUAAAGCAUAGAACGUCGUAUACCUAAAAGUACCGGUAGUGCGCGAGUGGCAAAAUCUGUGGUAAAAUCAAGUGAAAUACAGUAAAAACGUUAACUUUGUGCUGUGACCUUUAAGUGAUAAACUAGUGACAGUGUGCUAGUGCCACCCUGCAGCAAAUUACCCAAAACUGAAGAAGCAAAAAACCGCAGUUGUGAAGGCCCCUUAGUAGCUUCGGCAAAAAGGUGGUAUUAUGUACCAGCCUACACUCUAGAAAAAAAAUUAAAACUGAUAGUUAAAAUAACGAAGAUAACUAAUUAAAUUUAUCGUCACCAUAAAAAAAAAAAAAAAAAAAAAAAAAAAAUUAAAACUGAUAGUUAAAAUAACGAAGAUAACUAAUUAAAUUUAUCGUCACCAUAAAAAAAAAAAAAAAAGCCUGAAAAGCGACAAGCAAAGUAACAAUAUAAGCAAUUAAAAUACAUUCUAAAACAAACCAUUUAAAGCAAAAAAAGGCUUCAAAAUCAAACUCCUAAGGGAAACAGUGAGAAAAAAUUAGUACAAUAAAAAGUACUAAAAUCACCUAUAGCCAACAAUUGUACUAUCCCCAGCGACUACAACCGUUAUAUCUAUACCAAGAAUUGCAUCAAUCAACAUCUCAAGAGGACACCAGCCCUGAGAAGAACAUCAGCAUCCAGGAAGCAGGAUCAAUAUUAGAAAAAAUGAGCACAGCAAUAAGACUUUUGGUCAUAAUAAUGACGAUUCUCACCACCGUAGCACAACAAAUCGACAUACAAGACUUGACAAAUAAUAACGGAUAUAUUCCCAUCAAGACGGAGGAAAUAAAAGUAAUCGAUCACUAUAGCAAAAUUCUUCAUAUUGUUAAUAUAACUGCGUACGAGGACACAGUGACACUAAUCCUACACAACAUACAAGGACUAACCGCCAAUAGAAUAGAAAGCAAGCACUUACUGGACACAGUCAAUAAGAAUUUUUUAUUAUUAGAAAAGAAGAUUGAGAAUCUUAACCCACACUUUAGACAUAAAAGAGGCUUAAUAAAUGUAUUAGGAAAAGGACUUAAAGUAGUAGCAGGUACUAUGGACAGUGACGACGAAACCAAAAUAAAAAACUCUUUAGAAUACCUCUCAAACAACGGAAAAAUCUUGACGGAUAGAAUCCAUAAUCUGACAUUCGUAAAUAAUUUACUAUCAUCCCAAAUACAAAACAUUACUAAUCACAUAAAUAACAAACAGAUUGUAAUAAGUGACUAUUUGAACAAAUUCAAGAACUUUAUCCAAAACAAAAUAAUGACAGUAGAAGACGAAAUUGAAUUUAUGCAACAAAUUUACCAAGUUAACAAUGACAUUUCCCUUUUACGUGACCACAUUGACGACAUUGGUCAAAUAAUAUUUUCAAGCAAACUCGGAAUAAUUCCCACCGAUAUUUUAACAGAGACAGAACUCAACUUGAUUAAUGACUUUGACAGCUACUCUAACAUCAAAGUUUCCGUCGCCGUACAAGAACAGAAUAUUAUCAUAAUCCUUAAAAUUCCUAACUAUUCACGAGAUAUCCUAUCCAAAAUCCUGUUCGAGCCUAUCCCUAAUGCCAAAAAUAAAACAAUCAUAUUGAAAAAUUAUGAAAUACUAGUGGAUAAUAUGAACAAUAUUUUUAAUGUAAAUGUAAAGGAAAAUCUGAAACAAAAUUUGAAAAAAAUUGUAGAUGAUUGUUUAAAGAAUAUACUAAACUUCGAAGAAGCAUACUGCGAUAUGCAAACCUUUGAAGAAACCGUUGUAAACGAAAUUUUACCUGGUAUACUAAUAUUUAAGAAUUUCUAUUCUGAAAUUGUACACAAUUGUAAUAAAAUGAAAAUAAAAAUUAAAGGAAAUUUUCUUAUUAAAUUUGAGAACUGUGAAAUUAGAGUAAUGAAUAAAACCUUUUCUAAUGUAAAAAUGAAAGCAUUCGAUCAAUUUAUUUUGCCAAAUAUGAUAACAAAAAUUAAAUACCAAAAUACAUCUUUUCCAAAUCUAAAGUUGAAAUCUUUGUACUUAAAACAAUUAAAUCAAGAUGAUCACAUUAAACUCUUAGUGAAUGAAAACUAUAAAACGCAUAUAAUUAGUCUAAGCACUGAUGUCGCACUAGUAUUUAUUAUAGUACUAGUGGUAUUCAUUUUGGUAUUCAUAAUUAAGCACAAGCACAAGCUAUAUGUAUCACCAGUAUCGCAAGGAAAAACUGAAGACGUUUCAAAUUUAAAAAACGGUCCAUUUUUACAAGUCGCAAUAUCUUAGAAUAUUUUACAAAAACACCGAUUGGGGACAAUCGAUUU